AUGCCAACGGGGCCCGACGACGACGACGAGCCGCUGCCGGUGCUCGCGCCGCAGGACCGCGCGCACUUCUCGACGAUCCCCGUGACGAUCCUCACGGGGUUCCUCGGCGCGGGCAAGACGACGCUGCUGCAGUACAUCCUGUCGGCCGACCACGGGAAGCGCAUUGCGGUGAUUGAGAACGAGUUUGGCGACGAGAUUGGCGUGGAGAAGCUCGUGGCCAAGAGCGGCGCCGACGGGCGCGUGCUGGACGGGUUCUACGAGCUCAGCAACGGCUGUGUGUGCUGCUCCGUGCGCGACGAUCUCGUGAAUACACUCGAGAAGCUGUUGGAGCAGCGCGACCGGUUUGACUAUAUUUUGGUCGAGACCACGGGCAUGGCCGACCCCGGGAAGGUCGCGAGUAUCUUUUGGGUGGACGACGAGCUCGAGGGACGCAUUGUUCUGGACGGCAUUGUGACGCUCGUGGACGCGCGACGGCUGGCGUUCCACUUGGACCAUGUCGACACGCAGCAAGAGGUGGCUGCGCAAGUGGCGUACGCGGACCGGAUCUUGCUGAACAAAGGCGACUUGGUGCAGGAGCUCGAGACGCGCGCGGGGAUUGAGCGUCGGGUGAAGGCGAUCAAUGGCGUGGCACACGUGCGGUGGACAGAGCGGUCGCGAGUGGACUUGGACGACAUUCUGAACAUCAAGAGCUUUACUACGACAAAGGUGGAGCAAGUGGAGAGGGAGCUGCAGACGCUGCUGCAUCAAGGCAAAGACGAGGACGAGCGGGGCCAUCAGCGACGGGAAGACGGGCAGCACGAUGACCGCACGGCGCACACGGGGGGUAUGCAGACUGCGUGUGUGCGGAUUUCGGAUGGACCGCUGGAUCAAGAUAAACUAGAAAGGUGGCUUGGGGAAUUGCUUUGGCAACAGGACAGUGAGAGGGAAGCAGCAGGCGUGGAUGCAGCUGGACGUCAACAGCUGUUUCGCAUCAAAGGUGUACUUGCAGUUGCAGGCGAACCCCACAAGUUCAUAUUGCAGGCCGUGCACGAGUUGUUUGAGGUGUAUGCAUCCGAAGAACGCUGGACUGAUGCAGAGCGCAAUGGCACGGUAAAGCGGAUGUCGCAGGUGGUCUUUAUCGGCUUGCACCUCAUCAGAAGCGAGCUCCGGACAGGUUUGCAGGCGUGUGUUGUACGUGACAGGUAG